AAUGGGUUCUUCAAUCUUUCCGUCCAGCGAGAGCCAACAACGUUGGCUACAACAUAUGGAGUACAGUUACUUGAAUAAGGGUGAGAUCCGGCCCUGCGUUUUCCAGCUUCCUCCUGGACUUAAGGAGACCAAACCCGAGUCCUACAUUCCUCAAUUUGUCGGGUUGGGUCCGCAUCACCAUUUCCGCCCCGAAGUCCAGUUCAUGACCACCAAAAAGCGUGAUGCCGUGGAGCUGUCUCUGGCAGGAUUGCAGAAUUUCGAAGAUCUAAUCCACACCAUCUCCAACGAUUUUGAACCCACCUGUCGUUCGUGUUAUGAUCGCUAUCUCGACUUGGACGCGACCGUGUUGUCGUGGAUCUUGAUCGUUGAUUCCAUUUUCUUGCUCUACUUCAUCCACGUCUAUAACUCGCCAUCGGAAUGGAGCAACCUGUAUCUGCACGUCGAGAAAUUGGUUCCUGAUGUGUUUAUGCUGGAGAACCAAAUCCCGUUCUCCAUCAUUCGCGCACUCGGGAACCAAAUCUCCAUCUCCUGUUAUCCUACUAAUGCCCCCGAGAAAGUGUUUAAAAACUUCUAUGAUAUCUGCUCCAAUCAUUCGCCGCUCCAAUUGGCAGGGAUCCCUGAAGACCCAGCCCUCGCGAAAUCGAUAGUGAAGUCGAUGCUGGAAGGGAGUAGCCACAUCCUUGAUUUCAUGUACCGGAUGAUUGUGGCAAAUUACAAGACCCCGGAGGAAUAUUACCGGAAUCACGGGUUCGAGAUGACAAUCUAUGGAUAUAUACACAGGUGGGAUUUUGUCAUCCCGAGAACUGUAAAGAUUGUUUGUCAACGGAGCUGGGAGACUCUUCGGUUCGUAGCCGAUGAAUUCAAGUCUGCUUUAUGGAAAGAAAAAUCAGCCAAUGCGAAUUACGAUAUCCCUUCUGCCUCCAGACUGUUCGGAAUUCUGAACAUGAGAUACAAGUUCCUCUACGAAGACUAUGGCAUCCUGAAUGUUGAACAAAAGAAAGGUCAAUAUUACGAUAAUGUAUUUUAUCUUCCAAAACUCAAGAUGGGCCCCAACUCAGAGACCAUAUUCAGGAAUCUGAUCGCCCACGAAGCAGCAAUGUCCAAGCAGCUGGAGUCAACCCCGUUGAGGGACUUCGUUAACAUCAUGUGCGGACUCAUUAAAUCCAAGAGAGAUGUGAUGCUGCUAAGGGAAGCAGAGAUAUUCGAAAAAGAACCGGGACUAACGGAUACCGAGAUCCUCAACGCCUGGAAUGGAAUCAGGCAAUGUGUCGAGAACAAUUCCAGUGUGGACAAGACCAUCGAGUCCGUGAACACCAAGUUCAACCAGGCGAAACGUGUUAGGUCGACGCGGUGGCUCGCUAGAGGUGUGGCUAAUGUGCUCCAGUACUUCACGUUCCUGGAACGGUUUGUUGGGUGGAUCACAGAAUUUGUCACCUUUUUUAAGACCGCCAUUUUGUUCCUCGUUGCACUCUUCAUUGGCUAUAAAUCAGCUUGUGGGAUAAACGGCUGCGAUCACAAAUCUGGAGAAGAUGGAGAAUUGUUGGGUCACAUUCUCAUGCUCCCUAGGAAAAUGCUUCCACACCAUCAACCUUUGUAGUAGUAUAAAUAGUACUUGUUCUGUUUCAUAGGAUCGAAUAUUUGUC